AUGGAUGAGUUUAUCUCGGCUAAUCCCUGCAGUUUUGACCACGCCUCACUGUUCGAGAUCGUCCAGAGGCUCACGUUGGACCACAGGCUCAAUGACACCUUCUGCUGCCUGGUGAGUGUCAUUCUCCGUACCCACAGUACCGUGGAAUGACAAUAAAUACAUAAAUAAAAUGUUUUCCCAAAAGCAUCUUAAGGCUAAAUUCAUCGUAAGAACCUUCAUAGGAGCAAAUCUCCAAACUGUUUGCCAAAACCAUUGUUACUAAAGUAGCACUUGAAAACGCUCAUUAUUUACCGACUGCCUCAGACCACUCAUAGAACUGCUAAGUGCGUCGUUAGAUGCAUUCAAUUGAGUUCUGUUUUGCUAAUUGUAGGCUACUGUCAAUAUAUUUAAUGAUAUGUAACAACAUGUGCGCAAUGAUGUGCCAAAUCUUGAUUUAGUCCAUUAUUGUAGGGUAAGCAUUAGAAUAAGCUGCCUCAAUAUGUGCAGCCAUAAGUGAUCAUAUCUUUCUAGGACCUGAUCCGUAGUGAGUAUUGUGGAAUAAUUAUAAUGUUAAGGUAAGAUUUGAAUGGAGAAAGCUGAUCCAAAGCAGCAAUGCCUUUCUUUCGAUCCAAUCAGCAUCAACACUAUGCCUCAAUGACGCACUUAGCAAACGUUCUCUAUGCGUGGUGUUUUGGGAAACACGUUACAUCAUCGACCGUUGUAGGAAAGAUGUAAUUGUUAAAACACUCGUAAGCCUAAGUUCCAUCGCUAUCGGGAAACCAGGCCCUGGGCACUAAAAGGUUCCUUUUUUUAAAUGCAAAAAUUCUCUCACAGAGUGAUGCUAGGGCCAAGGUCAUGGUUCAGUUUGGGCCAGGUAUUUGUUUGUGAUUCAGAUCAUGGUGCUAACAUGCUAAAAACUAUCUUAUGUGGUGUUUAAGGGAUGGUUCAACCCGGGUUAGGGGUUCAAAUCUAAAGUGUUAAACCCCCCUCUCUGAUCUGGUGUGUAGGGAUGGUUCAGCCCGGGCCAGGUGUUUGUCCUGGAUGAGUACUGCUCCAGGAAUGGCGUGCGGGGGUGUCACAGACACCUGGGUUACCUAGGCGACCUGCUGGAGAGGGCGGACAGAGGAGCCAUGAUCGACCCCACCCUGCUGCACUACAGCUUUGCUUUCUGCGCCUCCCAUGUCCACGGAAACAGGUAACAUCUACACCCCAUUCAACCCAGAUCUCCUGCUCGCCAAUCCAAAGUCUUCACAUUAGACCAAGAGGAAAUGCUCAAGGUCCGAGGGCGGCACUGGGCUUACAUGUCUCAGGCAGGGCUACAUCCUCACAAGAGCAUUAUUCUAAAUCACCACCAUAGUCUAUGGCAAGAGAGAUGGCUAAACUUCAGAUCUCAAAUACACACUCAGAGGUCUUCAAAUGAAAGCAGAAGAGAAGGAAGGAAGGAAAGAAGAGCUGGCUAUAGUGAGAGAAGACAAGGGUCAGAGUCCUCAAAAGCAUCAGAGCAUCUUUUCUUAUUGUUUUAUGAUUUCCCAUUGUUAUUGUCAUUAAUGUUUUGCAUAUGAUUUAUUAUGAUUUUGAUCAUUUUGUACUGUGUGUUAUCAUGUUAUCAUUUUGUACUGUGUGUUAUCAUGUUGUUAUCUAAUUUUUUACUAAUCAGUUACAUAUACUUUGGUUUCCACCCUUCUCUUUCUCCUUUUCCGUCCUUGUCUUUUGCUGCCUUGUUCAGUCUCAUGAUGUCGAUGUUGCUCAUCCUCCCAUGCAUUCCUAUGAAGUCAGAGAGGGCAGCUGUUACUGGGGGCCACUGAUGGGUUGUGGGGGACCCUGGGACCCAAGCGGCCCCCAGACCCUAGAACCAGGGGCUGCAGGCUCUAAAAGGGGAAGAAAAUAUAUGAAGUUUAGAAAGAAAAGGGAAUCCAAAUUGCAGCUCGUCCAAGAGCCCAUCAGGUACGAUACUGUACUGUAUAAGAACAAAAAUUGAAGGUUGGUAAACAUGCUAAAGAAUGAUUCUGUUUCACUCACACAAGCAGCAGUAAAAUCAUGGAGAACUAAAUUAUGACACUGUUUUGGUGCAAAUUGUUGUCUUGUUCCUUUUUUGAUGGGCUCUAACUGGUGGCUCUGCAACCACAUGAUUGGCUGGGCUGAUGUUGUGUUUGCAUUGUGUUUAUGUUUUUUUUGUAUUGUAUAACGUCAUCCUCAGGCCUGAUGGACUGGGAACAGUGAAGGUGGAUGAGAAGGAGCGCUUUGAAGAAAUCAAAGAGCGGUUGCGGGUGAUCCUGGAACACCAGAUCACUAACUUCAGGUGCCUGCUGGUCAUCCAUCCAUCCGGCUUCAUCUAUUGUUUUGUUCAUCAUUGUUAUUUUUUCCCUAGUGAGUUUUAUUUCAUUGUGAUUCUACUCGCUUAUCUUCCUGUAGAUAUUGUUUCCCGUUUGGCCGUCCAGAGGGAGCGCUGAAGGCCACUCUGUCUUUGCUGGAAAGGGUUUGUACAUUUAGAUGACUACAAUCUUUUCUUUCUCAUUUUACAGAAACUUUGCAGGUCAUGAAUGAUUCACAUCUCAUUGCUCAUAUAAGCUCAUAAAUAUGCUUGAAAAAGGAAAUUGAAAAUGAAAACUUGUAAGCUAAACUGUAAUUCAGUGGCUAGACUCUAAGGAAGGCUUGUCCUGCCCUGUUUCUCACUUUCAGGUGCUGAUGAAGGACAUUGUGACUCCCGUCCCACAAGAGGAAGUGAAGGGAGUCAUCCGUAAAUGUCUGGAGCAGGCAGCUCAGCUCAACUACGCAAAAAUCACAGAAUAUGCUCAAAUCGAAGGUAAUUAUCCCUCAUUUACAUAUACAGACAUACCUUCAAAAUGCAAUAGCAGUUACCUCUGUUGGUAAAUGAUUGGUUGUUGUUGCUAUGAAACCUGUGACUGAUUGUUUUUCUUUUGAUGAUUGUAACUAUUCAUUAAUGACCUCUUUAAGUACUUUAGUGACUUUUGAGUCAUUCUGGUGGUGUCUAUGUGGAACAGGUGAGUCAACCAUUCUACUCUCUUUUAGAAGUGACUUGUCUUGUACACUUUGAUUCAUAUUUUAGCAUCCUACAGUGGGAAUAAUUUCAAGAUGAACCUGGACAAGAAAACGAGUACUGAAGAAACAUACUAAUACAGUGAGGGGAAAAAAGUAUAUGAUCCCUUGCUGAUUUUGUACGUUUGCCCACUGACAAAGACAUGAUCAGUCUAUAAUUUUAAUGGUAGGUUUGUUUGAACAGUGAGAGACAGAAUAACAACAAAAAAAUCCAGAAAAAUGCAUGUCAAAAAUGUUAUAAAUUGAUUUCCAUUUUAAUGAGGGAAAUAAGUAUUUGACCCCUCUGCAAAACAUGACUUAGUACUUGGUGGCAAAACCCUUGUUGGCAAUCACAGAGGUCAAACACGGCGAGUUGAGUUGAAGCCAAAGAGCUCGAAUUUGGUCUCAUCUGACCACAACACUUUCACCCAGUUCUCCUUUGAAUCAUUCAGAUGUUCAUUGGCAAACUUCAGACGGCCCUGUAUAUGUGCUUUAUUGAGCAGGGGGACCUUGCGGGCGCUGCAGGAUUUCAGUCCUUCACGGCGUAGUGUGUUACCAAUUGUUAUCUUGGUGACUAUGGUCCCAGCUGCCUUGAGAUCAUUGACAAGAUCCUCCCGUGUAGUUCUGGGCUGAUUCCUCACUGUUCUCAUGAUCAUUGCAACUCCACGAGGUGAGAUCUUGCAUGGAGCCCCAGGCCGAGGGGGAUUGACAGUUAUUUUGUGUUUCUUCCAUUUGCGAAUAAUCACACCAACUGUUGUCACCUUCUCACCAAGCUGCUUGGCGAUGGUCUUGUAUACCAUUCCAGCCUUCUGUAGGUCUACAAUCUUGUCCGUGACAUCCUUGGAGAGCUCUUUGGUCUUUGCCAUGGUGGAGAGUUUGGAAUCUGAUUGAUUGAUUGCUUCUGUGGACAGGUGUCUUUUAUUGUUAUUCUGUCUCUCACUGUUCAAAUAAACCUACCAUUAAAAUUAUAGACUGAUCAUUUCUUUGUCAGUGGGUAAACGUACAAAAUCAGCAGGGGAUCAAAUGCUUUUUUCCCUCACUGUAUAUCUUAUUUUAAUUUUUUUUUACCAGAAAUGUGGAUUACAUUUUCCCCACAUGAUAAAUUCAAGAGGAGCAGUUUAUACAGUAUUUUUCCAUUUGACAGAUUGGUUGUCACUUGUUUGUCACUCAGCCAUUUGUCUCCCCUUUGUUUCAGGCAGGCUGCUUUAGCUGUGGUGUUCUGUAAUCUACUGUACUUUACUCUACUGUACUGUACAGUACUCUACUGUACUCUAAUGUACUGUACUCUACUCUACUGUACUGUACUCUACUGCACUCUACUGUACUGAACUGUACUGUACUGUACUCUACUGAACUGAACUGUACUGUACUGUACUCUACUGUAUUUUCUGUACUGUCGGUGAAGUUGGCUUUCUGUAGAGGUGUUGUGAGUAAAAAUGCAUUCAAAUCCAAAGUUUUUGAUUAAAGCCCUGUUGAUGUACUGGCCUGGCCCCCCUCUCUCUGUACCUUGACUCUAGCUGUAUCCUGGCCUCUGGCAUGUGGUGAUUUAACAGUAUAGAGCUGCAGUAUAUAUUAUAGAUCUACAGCAGAUCUCCCCUCCCUAACCCACUACUCCUUUUUGACCGUAUCGUUACCCUAGACUCCAGGGCCUACAAACUAAGAUUUAUAAAAAUAAAUCUUACUUGGCCCUGCCUCUCUUCUUCUCCUUUCCUAGGGACCCUUGUCCUUCUCUCCCUCUCCUUUCCCCCUCUUUCUCCUUCUCCCUUUCCUUCCCCUAUUCCACCAGCGGACCACUGCCCUCCUAUCACUAGUCCUCUGCUGUCCUCUUCCUCCCUCUCCUCUUAUUGGCUUCACCACAUUUAUCACCUCACAUUUCUGUGAUACUUGGUUUUGAAGCCAAUGAAAAAGAAUGCUGGGAUUGGACAAAGACAACCCAGCAUCUGUCACCUGCAUGUGCUACAGGACAUUAUGGAAAGGUUUGUCUUCAUAGGCAUGGACUAGUCACUACAUAUCACAAUUUACCUUUAGAAACAGCCUUUUUGGAAAUGCCAUAUACAGUACUCUAUUCUUGCUUGCAUAACACCAUUUUGGUUUCCCUACAAAGUCAUAUGCAUAGCUUGCAUUGACAUGCAUGUCAACAGGUUGAACCAAAACGUGUAGUCAAUACCUAGAAAGAUAUUCUUAGGGUGCCAAAGAUACUAGGGUGUUUAUCCCUUACUAUCUGGAAAAUAUAUCAAGUAGACAAGAAAAUAGUGCUAAAACACUAAUUAUUGGACCCAGUCAUCCCUAGUCCCAACCAAGUCAAUACUCCCAUGGUUGUGUUCAUUAGGCCACCAAAUGGAAGAAAACAAACUGAAACAGCGAAGAUGUACCCGGACAUGUCCAAUAAGAAAGGUUUUGUUUUGUUUUCUGUUACAAAAAGUUUUACUAUGGUGUGUCCUAAUGAACAUGACCCAGGACAAUUCUCUGCCUUCCCAUCUCCUCUGACAUUUAACCUCUCACCCUAUCCUCUGACCCCAGCCUCUUGCAUGUCCCAAUCCUCCUCUUUUGUAGGGAGAAAGAGGGAAAUGUUUGAGCACCCUGUCUUCUGCUUGGCGUCACAAGUGAUGGAUUUAACCAUCCGUGAGUACCUACCUCAUCCUCCCUGUUUCUCCUCCCUCCCUCUUUCAACCUUCUUUGACCACAUCACCCCCUCCCUCCUUCCCUCCCUCCCUCACUCCCCUCAGCGAUGUCCACUCCUCCUUCCUCCUCUGUGCUUGUUUUUAGUCUAUCGCUCAUGUCUGUGAGAGCGAGUGGGGAGAGAGAGAGUCAGUCUUGUCUGUGGAGAUCUGUCUGAGGAACCACUGCAGCACUGCAGCAGCCCUACUACCAGGGACCUACAGUUACCCAUAUGUCUGUGACCCACAUGAAUGAUCUGUCGGUCUGGUCUGUAAGCUUCUUUCUUUUGGUUGGACAUAUGCCCAUGCCCACCCAUGUGACUUGAAUGCAUUUUUUACUUUGCUUCUGUGUUAUCUCCUUCAGUCGUCUGAUCAUGUGUCAGUGAGUGGUACGCUCGCCACACUGCGCUGUGCGCUGGGACAGACAGGUAUGAUGCUAUUUCACUGCCAGAGACAGAUAUGGAGGCAGUAGAACAGAGCAGAACCUGCAGGCAGAGCUACAAUACCAGGAGGACAGAAAUGAUUGGGUGUAUGCAUACAGAGUUCCUAUAAUAUGUGUUUUAACUCAGCUCAACUCAAUCCACCACCGGUCAAUGUGUCCUGUCUUUGGUUCGAGCAGCUGUUGUUCGUCUUAUGUCUAAGUUUACGAUGGUCUAAAGCUGUCUGUCUGUCACUGUUAACUGCAUCCUGUUGUUGUUGCUUCUUUAAUGUUGACUUCUCCUCAGGCUAAUGUCUCAGCGUUUCAGAGUGUCUGUACCUACCUGUAUGUCUGUGGAGUUUUGUCAACUACUGUAGCUACCUAACACAUUCAACUAGUGUAGCUACCUAACACAUUCAACUACUGUAGCUACCUAACACAUUCAACUACUGUAGCUACCUAACACAUUCAACUAGUGUAGCUACCUAACACAUUCAACUACUGUAGCUACCUAACACAUUCAACUACUGUAGCUACCUAACACAUUCAACUACUGUAGCUACCUAACACAUUCAACUACUGUAGCUACCUAACACAUUCAACUACUGUAGCUACCUAACACAUUCAACUACUGUAGCUACCUAACACAUUCAACUACUGUAGUUACCUAACACAUUCAACUACUGUAGCUACCUAACACAUUCAACUACUGUAGCUACCUAACACAUUCAACUACUGUAGCUACCUAACACAUUCAACUAGUGUAGCUACCUAACACAUUCAACUACUGUAGCUACCUAACACAUUCAACUACUGUAGCUACCUAACACAUUAAACUAGUGUAGCUACCUAACACAUUCAACUACUGUAGCUACCUAACAUAUUCAACUACUGUAGCUACCUAACACAUUCCCCCAGAGUUCUGGGAAGUUUCCAGAGUUCUCUCUAAAGGUCAAAGGUCAGAUGGAGAAGCGUAAAGCAUAACAUAUUUUCUCUCUCUUCUGGAAGAUAAACUAAUAACCAUGGUGUUAUAAACCUAAAUAUCUCCUCUUUUCUCUUUUUUGUCUUUCUUUUCUCUCUCUCUUUCAAGUUGAGAAAGAUAAAAAGCCAGAUCCAAAUGAUCCAGGUGAAGCCCUGUUUGACUUUUAGCUUAGCCCCAAUACACACCUACCCUAAACACACACACACACACACACAUGUAAACAUAUACAAUACAUACAGUGAGGGAAAAAAGUACGUUUGCCCGCUGACAAAGAAAUUAUCAGUCUGUAAUUUUAGUGGUAGGUUUAUUUGAACAAUGAGAGACAGAAUAACAACAACAAAAUUCAGAAAAACGUAUGUCUCAACUCAACUCGCCGUGUCUGCAAAGAGGAGUGGGACAAAAUCCCUCCUGAGAUGUGUGCAAACUGUGUGGCCAACUACAAGAAACGUCUGACCUCUGUGAUUGCCAACAAGGGUUUCGCCACCAAGUACUAAGUCAUGUUUUGCAGAGGGUUCAAAUACUUAUUUCCCUCAUUAAAAUGCAAAUGGUAUUAUAACAUUUUUGACAUGCGUUUUUCUGGAUUUUGUUGUUGUUAUUCUGUCUCUCACUGUUCAAAUAAACCUACCAUUAAAAUUAUAGACUGAUCAUGUCUUUGUCAGUGGGCAAACGUACAAAACCAGCAGGGAUCAAAUACUUUUCCCUCACUGUACAUCAUGUAACCACAUACACAUUUUAAACACACAUAAACCCUUUCAAAUUCCCCCUCAUGUCUUGGCAUGACAACAUUUAGCACACUAAUAUUUGUGGAGAGAUUGUACUACUUUAUAACAACAUACUGGGAUAAUAUAUAGAUGCAUUCAUUAAAUGAUUUUCCAUUGUUUUUCCUGAUGCUAUGAUAGAUGUAUUGAAUAAAGCAAAAUACAUCAGCAACUUAAGCAAAACAAUCUCUCACAAAUAUGCACAUAAAAGGUAGCAUCUCCAAUGUGUUGAGAGACAUAAUGCAAUACGAGUUUGCUUAAAUAUACCUGGCUAUCAGUAUUCAAAUACACAAUGAGGAAAACUCUGAAUUAUUAAAAAUUAUUACAUUUGUAUAGAAAAGAGAUGGGUCCAUUCUCUGAUAACAUGAUAUAUUUCAUAAAACAGUUGAACACAUUGGAUAUGGAUGAAGUAUGAUACAAUGAUAAUCACUACAUUAUCAUUCUGCUGAUUAUACUUCAGUGUAAGGUCUAAGGACCAACAUAAAGGCUCUGUAAGGAGUCCUCUGCCAUUCCUCUGGCACUGCAUGAUCUCUCGUUAGCCUUGUGAAGUAUGAUGUGUGGUCCAGGGUCCUUUUGGCAUGCACGGCUACUUAGUAGUCCAGGUAGUACAUAGCAUAGAGCAGGGUUCCCCAACUGGCGGCCCAGGUGGUUUUAUUUUGCCCCCCCAAGUAUUCUUAGCAAAAAAAAAUACAAAAUAAUAAUAAUAAUAAUAAUAAGACUGUAAAAACACCAGGAAAUCCCCAAGUGAUUUUAAUUUAAGAAAUCUGUUCCCAAGUAUUUCCACGCAUAAUAGAGAGACAGGUGAUCAUAUACAAAUGUAAGCAAGGUUUGAAAUGAUUAGUCAAACAUUAUAUCUGUUUGGGCUUCUUGUGGUCAAUUUGCAGUCUACAAAUUAUUUGUAAUUAUGUUCCGGCCCCCCCGACCAUCCGCUCCAGAAAAAAUCGUCCGCAGCUGAAUAUACUUGAUGAUUCCUAGCAUAGAGUAAAUGACGUGUGACUAAAAUAUUAUGAGAAUAAAUAGGCUACAUUGAAAGUAUAUUUUCAACAUUUAGACAUAUAUGAUAAACAUGAUAUGAUGAAAUUAUAAUUUACCAAUAUUAACUCUGUAUUAACUCCUUAUUUCAAAUUCAUUUGAGCCGUCCAAUUAAAUGUCCUGAUGUUUUGCUCAUUUUGCCACAUUAUUGUAAAUGUUCUGAAUACCUCAUUUCACCAUAUUCAAUUGUCCAAACUCAUUUUAUGUCAGCAGAUAAUAUGUAUAUGAAAAAAAGUCUCCAGGUACACCCUAGAUCAGGGUUCUUCAAUUCUGGUCCUGGAGGGCCGAAACACUUCUGUUUUUUAUUUCUACCUGGUAGUUAAUUGCACUCACCUGGUGUCCCAGGUCUGAAUUAGCCCCUGAUUAGAAGGAGAGAAUGAAAAACAAAGGUGUUUCGGCCCUCCUGUCACGUUCGUUGAAUGACGGGACAGACCAAGGCGCAGCGUGAUAUACGUACAUGUUUAUUUAACUUAAUAAACACUCUACAAAACAAUAAACGAAACGAAACAUGAAGUCCAAGGUAGCACACACAACAUACCUUACACGAAACAAGAUCCCACAACUACACAGUGCCAAUAGGCUGCCUAAGUAUGAUCCCCAAUCAGAGACAACGAGCGACAGCUGCCUCUGAUUGGGAACCACACCGGCCAACAUAGAAAUACACAUACUAGAUAGAAAACAUAGAACUACACAACAUAGAAUAUACACACCCUGACUCAACAAAUAAGCAUCCCCUGAGUCAGGGCGUCACAGUACCCCCCCCCCCCCAAAGGUGCAGACUCUGACCGCACAACAUAAACAUAACAGGGUAGGGGCCGGGUGGGCAUUCCGCCUCGGAGGCGGAUCCGGCUCAGGGCGUGACGACCUCUCACUCUUCGCCUCCCUGUUGCGCCCCUGGUCUGGUCUAGACCUCGGCACGUUGCUUCCCCUCUCCUUCCUCCCACGAUAUGCCAGGCCCAGUCUGGACCCUGGUGUGGGAGACCCGAACCUGGAGAGGGGCUGACGUCAUGGUCUGGACUGGAGCCGCUGACCGGAGCUGGACUGGGCACCAGUGGAGCGGACUGCUCUGGCUCCGGAGUGGAGCCGCUGACCGGAGCUGGAUCAGGCACUGGUGGAGCGGACUGCUCUGGCUCCGGAGUGGAACGGCUGACCGGAACUGGAUCAGGCACCGGUGGAGCGGACUGCUCUGGCUCCGGAGUGGAGCAGCUGACCGGCACCGGUGGAACGGGCACAGGCCGUGCCGGACUGGACAAACGCACCACUGGUCUGGUGCUAGGAGCAGGCCCGGGCCGGACCGGACUAGGAACACGCACCACUGGCUUGGUGCGAGGGGCAGGUACGGGCCGGACUGGCGACGCGCACCACUGGCUUGGUGCGAGGAGCAGGAACAGGCCGGGCCGGGCUGGCGACGCGCACCACUGGCUUGGUGCGAGGAGCAGGAACAGGCCGGGCCGGGCUGGCGACGCGCACCACAGGCUUGGUGCGAGGAGCAGGAACAGGCCGGGCCGGACUGGCGACGCGCACCACAGGCUUGGUGCGAGGAGCAGGAAAGGGCCGGGCCGGACUGGCGACGCACACCACUGGCUUGGUGCGAGGAGCAGGAACGGGCCGGGCCGGGCCUGGCUGGCGACGCGCACCACUGGCUUGGUGCGAGGAGCAGGAACGGGCCGGGCCGUACUGGGAACACGCACCACUGGCUUAGUGCGGGGAGCAGGAACGGGCCGGACCGGACCGGACUGGUGACACGCACCACUUGCUUGGUGCGAGGAGCAGGUCUGGGUUCCUUUAUUAACCCCCGCUCCUUCUGCUGCCUAACCAGCUCCUCUCGCCGUGCCUCUACACUUUCCUUCUCCCUUUUAGCCUCCUGUAGCGCCUCCUUCUGACCGAAUAACUCCUGCUCCCUCUGAACCAAUAGCCCCCGUAACAUGGUGGCCUCCUCUCCUAACCUGCAGACCCGCCCUUUAACGGCCUCCUGCUGCCUCGUCGUCCACACCGUGUGCCCCCCCCCAAAAUGUUCUUGGGGUUGCCUCUCGGGUCUCCGUUUCACCUCUCCUGCCUGGGCUUCCUCCUUCGCCCAGGGUCCGCUAUCGGCUAAUCUCUCCUCCUUCUCCGUCAUCCCUUUCAGGGCUUCCAUAUGCUUGGCCAGAUCCUCUCUUAUCUCCCCCCAAGUCCAUGAUCUCUGCUCCACUACCUGUGUCCAGGGUGUCUGCUGCUCCUGGGCACGCUGCUUGGUCCGUGUUUGGUGGGAUCUUCUGUCACGUUCGUUGAAUGACGGGACAGACCAAGGCGCAGCGUGAUAUACGUACAUGUUUAUUUAACUUAAUAAACACCCGACAAAACAAUAAACGAAACGAAACGUGAAGUCCAAGGUAGCACAGACAACAUACCUUACACGAAACAAGAUCCCACAACUACACAGUGCCAAUAGGCUGCCUAAGUAUACAUUUACAUUUUAGUCAUUUAGCAGACGCUCUUAUCCAGAGCGACUUACAGUUAGUGAAUACAUAUUUUUUUUAUACUGGCCCCCUGUGGGAAUCGAACCCACAACCCUGGCGUUGCAAACGCCAUGCUCUAUCAACUGAGCUACAUCCCUGCCGGCCAUUCCCUCCCCUACCCUGGACAACGCUGGGCCAAUUGUGCGCCGCCCAUGAGUCUCCCGGUCGCGGCCGGCUGCGACAGAGCCUGGAUUCGAACCAGGAUCUCUAGUGGCACAGUUAGCACUGCAAUGCAGUGCCUUAGACCACUGCGCCACUCAGGAGCUCAAGUAUGAUCCCCAAUCAGAGACAACGAGCGACAGCUGCCUCUGAUUGGGAACCACACCGGCCAACAUAGAAAUACACAUACUAGAUAGAAAACAUAGAACUACACAACAUAGAAUAUACACACCCUGACUCAACAAAUAAGCGUCCCCUGAGUCAGGGCGUGACACCUCCAGGACCGGAAUUGAAGAACCCUGCCCUAGAUCUUACCAGCUAUAUCUGUUACAAACUCAACAUUGAAAAUCAGAAGCAGAAAAAGCAUUAAGAGCACAAGAGCAUUUUGCAUGAUGAGUAUAACAAUGCAUUUGUUUUCUCUAUGGGAUUGAUUUAGUCCAUUGAUUCUACCUGACUGUGUUGUCCCAUAUCUCCUCACACUGACUGUUUACACACCAUGCACCAGUACCAGUUCAUUGGGUGCAUGCUUUAGAAACCAUAUGAUACUCUCAUCUUUAGUGCUAGAGGUCUGUGUGGUCCUUGUGCGUGAGAGAGAACCAAAAGCACUUAUGUCUUUAAUUUAAAAUAUUUCUGGAGUUAACGAUAUAGAUGGGAAGCACCAUUCUAACAGAUUCUGUUAGCUACCCCUCUCUGCCUAAUUAACCCCCCCAUCCUUCUGCUCCAGAGAACGUAGGCCGGUUAGUCACGCCCGCCAAAAAACUGGAGGACACUAUUCGCCUGGCCGAGCUAGUCAUAGAGGUCCUCCAGCAGAACCAGGAACAUCAUGCAGAGGUGAGUGGGUAACCCCUCCUCUCCUCCUUCUCUCCUCCCUCUCUUUGUCUAUGUCACUUCUUUACCUCCUCUGACACCUCCUUCACGGCAUGGAGGAGGGAGCUAGUCUAUUCCAUCCUGACACCUGUGUUUGUAUAUAACGCUGUCUUUGUGCAUGGGGUGCAUUUUUAAUCAAAGAGUUAAUAUACAGCCAGAAAUCCUUAAUGGAAGAUAUACUGAAUGUUAACAUUGUACCAGGUCACUAUUUCUACCCGAGGAGGCAUUUUAAAGUAGGAAGUGUGCAGUUCCCUUCACUUAUUCAUCAUUCAUAACCCUGGUGGUACAAUGUUAUAUAAAACAUUGGUUGCCUUGAAAGAUGGUAAUGCCUUAAUGAUUUCAGCUCAGUGUGUAUAGUAGAGUAGAGACCAGAACAGUAUAGGUAGCUCUAAUGUAGGCUAGGUGCUCCUAGUCGGACUGAACUGUAGGUGAUGCAUGCUCAUUCCGUGUUAGCUGAGAAAUUGGAACAUGAAAUAGAAACAGCACUAAAUAGCUUUUCCCUUUCCUUUGUAUUUCCUAAAAGUAUAAUAAACUAAUGUAAAAAAAAACAGCAUGAUGAGCAUGUAUAGAAUUACUAUAGGCGAUCCUAUGGGAUCGAUAAGAUUAAUGCAGAUAAGCAGAUUUAUUCUAUCUCUCUGACAUAUGCUUGACAGGCUGCAGUCACAAGUUCUGGAGAUCAAUCGGUACAGUAUAAUUAUUUAUCUUUCUCUUCAGUCCCAUCACAAACCUCCUCUCCCUAUGUAUCGCAUGUUGACCUGCACAGAGACUAGGGCUGCCCUUAGUGUUGUAAGGCUGAGGGGAAUACACUAGAGAGGGAUGGGUGGCUGUUGUGUGUUAGUGCAGAAACAUCAGCUAACACACUGAAUCUGUAAAGCACCACAAUACUAUAGGCUGCACAACAUCACUUUGAUCAUAGAGCAUGUCCAUGGGGCCAUAAAGACUGGUCUUCUUCUCUCUAGCAGCAUGUUGAAGUGAGAUAUACCACAGUAUUCUAUGUGUGGUUCUUUUAGGGUUUGAUUGAAUCCAAAACACUACCAUGAAUGUGUCUCUCCUCUCCUCCCUCCAUCCAGCUUUAAGUUGGGUUUCAAAUCACGGUUCACACUCUUCAAAAAUGUAGAACAUUCCUCUUCCUUCCAGCUUCUCCUCUUCCAUCUCUCCGCUCUGUCCCUCCUUCCGUCUAAGAAUUGUUCCACCAUUCAGAAACCCUUUAUAGGAAUGCCUGAUACUGUAGAUACAUUACUGUUUACUAUCCUGUACAUCUCCCUGUGUUUUCACUGUCUGUGUGAUCGGUGAUAUUCGCUCCCUGCAGGGCAAAGAGGUACGUGGUGCAGUUGAAUGAGAACCCCCUCUCCCCUCUAACCCUGUAAUGGUUUGUGCAUGUCCACUGGAUGCCCUGCCCCCUUUCUCUGAAGUGUUGGUACUGUCCUCCAGGACUGCUCUUUGAGCCUGUUGUGAAUGAUGGUGCCUGCUGCAGCAUUAGAGCCUGUACCCUCUCUGGCUGAGCCUGCGCACUGAGCCUGGGCGUGCAGUAGAGGCCUGGGCCUUGCCUGAGAUCCCCUCCCCCAACAUACAGUAGGAUGGAGCCCCCAGUUUACCUGUCCAUCCAUCCCUCCUUCCUGGAACUAUAACCUCCUCUCCCUGAGUCCACACUCACUCCCCCUGCCCUGUGUAUGAUGAUGAUGAUGAUGGAGCACAGCUUGGUCUGCUGCCUGUACUAUAGCACUAAUGAUUUAUAGUGUUGUAAAUAGUCUUGGAGGGGGUGGGCAGGUAACUGGGCAGACAGCAGGUAAGUGAGGACUUGACUGCAAUGCCAUCCCCCUGUGCUGGGCUAGCUAUAGUCCCCCAAUGGCCGAUGAUUUUCAGGGGGUAUUGAUUCGAUAUGGAAUAAAAGCAUGCAACAUAACGGGAAGGAUUAAGCUUUUCACAGUUUAAUCAGUUUCCCCUCUUGGAAUUUGUCAAAUGUCAAGUUUUUCAAAAGAUGAGCAAAUAAGCAGAGCCAAGACUGCGAGCACAGGAGCAACAUCAACAGAAGCAGAAAGGUCAAUGGAAACAGACAUGGAUAAAUACCUCUUUCUGACCUACUAAGUACCAUUGUUCACCCUAACUAGUCAUCCCGAAAAUCACUGGGGAAACCCAUAUCAAGUAACUUGGUUUGUACACAAAUUGUCCCCCUAAAGACCCUGUAGUUAGUAGAGAAGCUAUGUGCUGCAGUCUUCGGUCAGUGUGCCUACUUCCUAUUAUAUGGCCAAGUGCAGUGCAUGGACAUGACCUGUGUCACAUUCACAUCUACUGAGGAGUGUUCUGUUGGUAUGGCAAUGAUGUGAAUGGUGGAAAACCGAGCUCAUUCCUGAUCCUGGAGAGCAAAGCAUGUAGGGAGUUUUCCACGUCAGUCUGCAUGAGAAAAGGUACCAAAGGCACCCCCCCAGGCUGUGACCCUCCCUCAAUCUAGAGAUAACUGAUCAAUAAUCAAUGAAUAGAACAUAAUUACUCAGCUUUAUGAUAUUAUUAUGCUAUUUUUGGCUUUGUGUAUAAAUGUAUUGUAAAGUUAAUCUCACGUUGGUGGGAGGCUAGCUAAGGUUUUAAGCAGCCCAGAUCCCUUUAGUCUUCACCAGCAAGAGCUGUGGAUUGGUUUUACUCAUUAUUGGAGAACACAUGGGUUUGCAAGGCUAUAUACAUCCAUUACUACAGUUAACUACAUAUAAUCACUACAUUUAACGGCCAACAAUCCAAGUACACUGUGCCUACCUACCUACACAGAAUAUCAGUCCACAGUGCUUUGCUGGUGUGGGGUUUGUUAGAGCUCUGAUUAGCUCCAGUACACGUGUGAUCCUCCCCAGUCUGCUCUGCCCCCUCUCUGUCCAGCCUGCUCUAUCCCAUAUCCUCACACCCUGACUGGGGCUUGUGUUCACCAUUCACCCCCUCCCUGGUUCUGUCUCUGUCCUGUCCGGGCUGUGUGUGUGUCUAGGCCUUUGCCUGGUGGUCUGACCUGAUGACGGAGCAUGCUGAGACCUUCCUGGCCAUGUACGCUGUGGACAUGGACGCUGCCCUGGAGAUCCAGUCUCCUGAGAGCUGGGACAGCUUCCCUCUCUUCCAGCUGCUCAACAACUUCCUCCGCACUGACUGUACGUUUCCUGUUUCUCUUCCUAUAUACACCAAUGGCCUUCUCCAUCCAAUAAACAUUAAGGAGCAAGUUAGACUCAUGUCAUAUUUUGGAAUGUGAAUGGGCAUAACCAUCAAGUCAAAAGUCAAACGUUUUCACCCAUCUUAAACAGCUAGAAGUGGUUGUGGCUUUUCUCCAGGAAACACCUUAGAAACAGUGAUAGAAAUAAGAUAAGUUGGGCAACUCUUCCAUUCAGACCAGAUUCUUUUCAAAAACACAUACUGUUCUGUGCCACACUAACACUGCUUGGUCCUGCCCCUCUGUGACGUUUAGGUUAUAAUAUCAAUACUGUAUUCUCUCUCUCCCUCUUCUGCCUAGAUCACUGCCCCUCUGUGAUGUUUAUUAACAAUAUAGCUAUAAUCUCUUUAUUCUCUCUCUCUUCUUCUGCUUCUAGAUCAUCUGUGCAACGGGAAAUUCCACAAACACCUGCAGGACCUCUAUGCUCCCCUGGUGGUUAGAUAUGUGGACCUGAUGGAGUCCUCCAUCGCUCAGUCUAUCACCAGGGGGUGUGAGGGAGAGUCCUGGGUGCCUGUAAAGUAAGGAACUGUCCCUCCUCUCACUAACUGUCUGCUCUUUAGGAUGGCUGGAGAGAGACACUCCAACAAAACUAAUAUACUUCAUGUUGUUCACUCCUUAUUGAAAUUUGACUGUCUCAUCACACUCAUUUACAUUUUAGUCAUUUAGCAGACGCUCUUAUCCAGAGCGACUUACAGUUAGUGAAUACAUAUUUUUUUUAUACUGGCCCCCCGUGGGAAUCGAACCCACAACCCUGGCGUUGCAAACGCCAUGCUCUAUCAACUGAGCUACAUCCCUGCCGGCCAUUCCCUCCCCUACCCUGGGCCAAUUGUGCGCCGCCCAUGAGUCUCCCGGUCGCGGCCGGCUGCGACAGAGCCUGGAUUCGAACCAGGAUCUCUAGUGGCACAGUUAGCACUGCGAUGCAGUGCCUUAGACCACUGCGCCACUCAGUCAGAGCAAUUUAAGGAGAGUUAUAGAUAAGGAGUUUCUUUUCUGAUAAGGAAAACAUAUCCCGAUAGGCAUUAAUAUAACUUUUAUUAGGAUACAUAGGCCUUGGAAAUGAGUUAUUCCAACUUCAGAAACAAAUUCAACCUGAAUAUGAUGGUAUGACUCAUAAGGUAUUAUUAAAAAAUAUUAGUUUUGUCAUCAGAAGCUCCAAGCUUUAGCGGAUAUUGCUCUGUAAAAUUGCAAAAGUGCAAGAGGGCGAUACUGUGCCACAUUCGUGACCCUCAUCAUGAUUAGGUCACAUGUAGUUUAGUUGAAGUCAAUCUCCAAAAUGUCCAUCCUUUUUGUUUUAUGGACUAACCUUCAUAGUGUGUGCUUUGAAAUGUCGCUAAGGACAGAAGCUGUCCAGUGUAUUUAGUGUUGCUAAUUUGCUCUUUUUCACUUUAUAAGUAAUGCUUAUUGAUUUGUCAUGUCAUUUAUAUUUUGCUUUGCUUUCUUCAUAAAGGAAGCUCUUUACGAAGCUCUAAACCUCAAAGGAAAAUGCAUAUUUCUAGACUAUAGGUCUUAUUUUUAUAUAACUUUGCAGUUUUGUCUAACUGCUGCUUUUAUACUGUAUGUGUCUCUGUGUCUCUGAAAUCCACCGCUUAUUCUAAAUGUAGUAGGUCCUCUUUUUCUAUGUGCUUCAGAAAAAAAACUGCUUCUCUAACUGUUGGUCUUGUUUACGUGUGCCAUUUACAUACUAUGUAUCAUGUCAGAAGAGGUUUCUUUGUGUGACUUUUCCUCUUGUGUUCUGGAUUUGAUUACUUUUACUGUACAGUGUCACAUGGCUUUGAUCUGCAGCAGUGUCUACAUUACCACUGUUAUGGAUUUAUUUUGUUCUUUUUGUCUGUCUCUUCUGCAGGAGCUUAACAAGUAAUCUGCCCAAUGUGAAUCUCCAAAUACCAAAUGUCAACCUCCAAAUUCCCAAAGUACCAAAUCUGCCGCCAGUAGCAGGACUAUCAGUUAACCUUCCAACAAUGCCUAGUUUUUCCACCCCGUCAUGGAUGGCUGCUAUCUAUGUCCCUGAGUGUGUAUUCAACUAGUUCACCUUAGAUUUAUGUGCAUCAGCAACGUGUUGCCUUGGUAUGAAGAUGUCCCCUAGGUCCCCAUGUCACAGGUCAUUGACAAUUGAAGACCAUCAAAUUAAAAUAUUGAUUUACAUUUUGAAGUGUCUCUGCCAACAACCUGCUUAGACAUUAUGUAAGGGAAGAUACCUUUUUUCUCAACUACAUAGGCUAGUGCAUGGCACGCACAUUCCAGAUAAGACUACUUUACCAUUACGUUCCUCAAAUCAAAUCUGUGGUAAAAAUUAAAGCGGUCUUUACCGAUCCUUUCAUGUUCAUGCCAAGAGCACUGCUAGGGGGUUAAAUACAGUAGUUUAGGCUUGUUUAGAGUUUAGACUUGUUUGUUCUUGAAAUGAAUGGCUGUCUGAUGCCUUCUCAUUUCCCCUCAACACGCAUGCAGUUGAGCUGUGAGGUACAGAGAUACAGAUCCAAACCAAACUUAUCUCUCACUGGAAGUUUUGGGCUUUGUUGCACUGAACUCUAUUGCAACAGUGGACAUAAUUAAUCUGGAAUUUUCUGUCCAAUGUGUAUCUCUCCUCUCUCCAACAGUUUUCAUAAUUGCACUAGCUGUAGAGAAUAAAGUAGUUAGUCCAUACUGCUCAUGAAUAGUUGACUGUACCACUGAUUGCUAAUAGAAUAUACAGUUGAACAUCCGAGCACCUUCAGACAGGACUGCAUGGUGUGUUUAAUAGCUACUAUACUGUAGUAUACCCACCCUGUACUACCAGCCUGAGGACAUGGGGGGUGAGAGAGGGGGCUGCUCUUUAAGAGUUGUAUUUUCUGUGAUUGAUCAUGUAUACCCAAAACAAAUCAAGUUCAAUAGAGAUCAAUUAAACCUAUUUUUGAACACAAAAUUAUAGCCAUUUUUCAAGGCACACCUUCCCUUACCUCUCUCCUCCCCCGCUCUGUGUAGACACAAGUCAGUGUGUAAGAUAUCUGCAGUGACUAUCCUGCAUGAUCCCACUUCACACCUAAAGGGUUAAUAAUAACCAUGUGCUACAGCAUGGUUAUUUCAGUGUUGAAGUCAACCCUGACCUUUUAUUUCCCCCAUACACUGACUGUCUGUCUAAAGAGAUGAGCUGAUAUUUAUAAGUUGAGUUAAUAAGAAGGACAUUACUCUGGAACAGUCGGUCGGUGUGUGGUCAGAAUAAAGGACCUUUGACCCCAGUGUUGAGGUGUGGAGGACCAGCAUCCUCCUUUACCCCCCCCUGACCCCUCCGUCUUCUAUGACCUUUGCCCUCUGACCUGUUUGUGUUUGGAUGCAGCAAUGGCUCUGGGACAUCAGAGGACCUGUUUUGGAAGCUGGAGGCGCUGCAGACCUUCAUCAGGGACCUGCACUGGCCCGAGGAGGAGUUCGCCAAACACCUGGAGAACCGCAUGAAGCUCAUGUCCAGCGACAUGAUCGAGAACUGCGUCAAACGGUGUGUGUGUGUGUGUGGGGGGGGGGGGGGUCAGUGUGUGGGGUCAGUGUGUGUGUGUUUCUGUAUGUUUGUAUUUCUCUGUGUUGUGUUGGUAUCAGUGUAAUGUGGGUGUCAGUGUUGGGGUGUGUGUGUGUGCAGUGUUGUGUCGUGUUGGUGUUGAUGUGUGUCUCUCGAUCAUGUGGCUGGACAUGAGCCUCUGCCUCAAACAAAAUAUGAUACAUUACAUGGAGAUGUUCCCUGAUGUGUAUUGCAGCACUAGGAUGGCAUUUGAGUCCAAGCUGGCAAAGAGCAGCAGGGGAACAGACUUCCGCAUCUCCGCAGCAAUAUGCACCAUGUUCAAUGUGAUGGUGGACGCGAAGGACCAGUCCGCCAAGCUGUGUGCCAUGGAGAUGGGCCAGGAGGUACGAAUGUGGCGCAAAGGUUCUGGGUUCAAUUCCCACAAGGAAUCACAUGCACUUUUGAAAAUGUAGCACCCAAAUAGAUGAACUGUGUGUUAUUUUGGUCUUUCAGAAACAGUACCACGCCCAAAUAGAUGAACUGAUUGAGGAGAGUGUGAAGGACAUGAUCCAACUCAUGGUGGCUAAGGUACACUUCUUUCUUCUUCCUAAUGAUACGUGACUCAUAUUGUGGUUGGCCUCAUAGUGCUUUGUGGUGCUAGAAAAGAAGAACAAGGUGAUUUGUGGUCUGGGAUAGAUCUUGUUGUUAGUUGUUUGUUUAUUUGUUGUUUGUGUGUCUCACUUCUUCUCAGUUUGUGGUUAUUCUGGAGGCCCUGUUGGCCAAGAUCUCCCGAUACGAUGAAGGCACUCUCUUCUCAUCUUUCAUGUCGUUCACGGUAAGACUAGGCUUCUCUACUGUAUCUCCUCCAAUAUCGUGGCAGAUGGAACGAUGUUUCUGUCAAUUAUUCUAGUUAUAUUGGUGACUGUGCAAAUGAUGCAAUUCUCAUCUUUUCUUGUCACAAUCUGUCUGUAAUUUCAGGUGAAAGCUGCGUCAAAGUAUGUUGAUGUCCCUGUAAGUGUGCUGCAGUCCCAGUUGAUCUCUGUAAAAUGUCAAACCAGUAAAGCUAUGUGAUCUGAAAGGAAGUACAUAUAAUUUAAUACAUUCUUAUGUGUUUGGGGUGAUUUUACUGUACUGUGCAGAGCAGAUACAUUUUUGUCCCAUAACCCCUUUCCUCUGCCCCUCCCAACCCUGCCUCUAUGUAUUUUCUUUAGUACUUUUUACUGUGUGAGUAGGUAUAUAGUACAUUAUAUCAUUAUUUCAUUUCAUAGUUUUCAAUAUUUUAUUCAUAAAGUUUUCCAUAUUCUUUAGUAUAUUUUCAAUAAAUGUUUACAUAAUACAAAUGACAGAUUUACAAUGUCUCUGUUUCUGUUGUGUUUGCAGAAGCCUGGGAUGGAUGUUGCUGACGGUUACGUGACCUGUGUUCGCCACUCUCAGGACAUCCUGCGAGAUAAGGUCAAUGAGGAGGUGUAUAUAGAAAGGUUAUUUGAUGUAAGUAAGAUGCCAUCUCCUCCUGACCAAUAGGAAGGGGGGUUUCCAAAAUGUGGCAAAACAAUUGUGACAGAGAAGGGAUAUGAUAUGUCACAUUUUGAGACCAGGGGCUGUGUGUAUACCUUCCACAGCCUGGUACAAAAGAGGCUUGUGUUUUAUUAUCUUCUUCUAGUGGCUUUUCUACUCUGUCUUUUCUUCUUCCUCUGCUGCUGCCCACUGUAUUCUGGUGUGCAUUGCCACAGUGCUUUUGGACCUUUGGGAAUUGGUUGGAUCCCUUUUGUUUACAAGCAAAGAAUCCAAACAAGCACCAUCAGGCAGGAUUAUCGAAAGCAGUGCUCUCUGGGUAAAGAAAGAUAUGGGAUUAUGUACAGAUAAUCUAAUUCACUCCAACACUAGGAUACAUAAUAACUAACCCAAAUAAUAUAUAGUACUUUACAAUACAGAUGUCAGAUCUGAAUUUGUUGAUUAUAAUUAAUGGACAUUUUUGUAGGGGUUGAUAGAUUUUUCAUAAGGAAAAAUCAAGCCUGAAAUGUCAAAGUGGAAAUUACAAACUUCAGAAGCCUUUUUAAACCUCAAACACUCUAAAAGGUUUAAAUGUCAUGCAUUGCAGGAACGUUCUCCUGCAACAGGGUGAUAAAAUUAAGAUUCUACAUCUGUACACGUUCAUGUUUGAAUCGGUCAGGCAAAAGCGAGGGAUAUGAGAGCACUGUCUUACAAGCACAUAAUCCUUAUGUGGUACAUUUGAAAUAAUGUGUCCACCAUUUUCGUGAGGUGUACUACAGUGAUGUGUGUCUACUUCAAACCCCUGAAAUGUAUAAACUGUACAGUAUUGUGGUGCACAGAUGUGUGUGUGUGUGUUGGCUUUGUGUGUCUGAGAGGUGUGCGGUACAGUGAUUCAGUAUGUGUAUUGGUUGUUUAUUAGUGUGUUUGAGAGGUAUUAUUCGUGCAAUAGAAUUCUGUUCCUGCGCUGUCACUGUGUGUGUUGGCUUUGUGUGUUUGAGAGGUGUGCUGUAUGUGCUAGAGUGGUGUGUGUUUUGUGCUUGAGAGGUGUGUAGUACUAUUGUGAAGUAUGUUUGCUUUGGUCUUUGAAGUCAACACUGGCUGUCCCUGUCUGUCUCUUGUUUUUACACUGCUGAACAGUACCACCUCCACCUCCCUACUGUUUCUGAUGUGUGGCUGUUAGUAUAGCUGCUUCUGACCUGGCCCUACCCGGCACUACCAUGUUUGACUGUUUACGUCUUUUGAGCUGUGGAUGUUUUGGUUGCAACAGUGUUUAACUUUGUAUUUCCGUUAGUGUCUGACGAUUAGAUUGGUGGUUUUAUAAACAUUAUUAUUUCUCCUAAUGCUAUUAUAUUACAUCCAUCUCUUUGCAUGUAUCGGCAAAACUCCCGAAUGCUGCAUCUCUCUCUCGCUCUCUCUCUUUCUAUCUUUCACUUAUUCAUUUUAAAAAAAAUACUUUUUUUCUCUCUCUCAAUUCUUUCUUUCUUUCUUUCUUUCUUUCUUUCUUUCUUUCUUUCUUUCUUUCUUUCUUUCUUUCUUUCUUUCUUUCUUUCUUUCUUUCUUUCUUUCUUUCUUUCUUUAUUAACCCCAUAACUCCUGCCGCCUCCUCUCUCUUCAAAAAGUGGCACUUAUCUCUAAUGUUGCAUUGAUUUAGCACAUUAUGUUGAAUGGCAUGAUUUCAAGUCAAAUAAUCUUCCUGUGUACAUCUUCUAGCAUGACCCUUCUCCUCUUAGAGUUCUGCCUCAGUCCUACUACUAUACUACCAUACUACCAUACUACCAUACUACUACUGUAUACUACCAUACUAACAUACUACCAUACUACUACUGUAUACUACCAUACUAACAUACUACCAUACUACUACUGUAUACUACCAUACUAACAUACUACCAUACUACUACUGUAUACUGCCAUACUAACAUACUACCAUACUACUACUGUAUACUACCAUACUAACAUACUACCAUACUACUACUGUAUACUACCAUACUAACAUACUACUAUACUACCAUACUACUGUAUACAACCAUACUAACAUACUACCAUACUACUACUGUAUACUACCAUACUAAUAUACUACCAUACUACUAUACUACUAUACAACACAUACAGCCAACCAAUCUCUGCACACACAGACCCAGCAACCCACCCACCUGCCUUCCAGGUCUGCAUGCACUGCACGCACUUAGGCUCAACUUGACUGUGUGAAGUGGACAGGCAUCCAUCCGCUGAUAUCUGACCUCAAGUGCCAAUCAAAAACCUCCUGACCAACCAGUCAUCUCUACAGGACAAACAAACCUGGGUCCAAUCAAAUUAGAGCUAGGACAAUUAGACCAAUCAAACCAUCCAAAAACCAACCAAACCAAGUCCAUUCCUGACCCUCCAGGCCCUCAUUUCUGACCCUCCAGGCCCUCAUUUCUGACCCUCCAGGCCCUCAUUUCUGACCCUCCAGGCCCUCAUUUCUGACCCUCCAGGCCCUCAUUCCUGACCCUCCAGGCCCUCAUUUCUGACCCUCCAGGCCCUCAUUCCUGACCCUCCAGACCCUCAACCCUGACCUCCAGGCCCUCAUUCCUGACCCUCCAGGCCCUCAUUCCUGACCCUCCAGGCCCUCAACCCUGACCCUGCCUACUCACUCCACAUUACUCAAAGUUUAUCUUUUUUUCUGGACGUUCGAGGGAGGACGACUAUUUCCUAUCUUCCUUGGUUGAUCACUCUUCUCUUGUUUGCUGUUCUCUUAUAACUUGAUCUCUGAUAUGAAUCAUCUAGAUCAAUCUUAUCCUACACUCUGAAUGAAUGAAACUUUCUUCUGAAAAGGUAUAAGAAAAUAGCACAACUCUCUGCUCCUUGCCUGCCUAACGCUUUCCUCAUUUUCUCAUUAUGAUUUCAUUUCCACAAAUGAUCGAGUUGAAACGACACUGUGGAGUUACAGUAUGUAGAAUGAAUGUUCUAAGACAUUGUCGUGUUGCUAAUAGGCAUUGAAGAGUCUUCAUAGGGCUUUAGCGCUAGUCUAGAAGUACAUUUGAAGGAAAUAAUUUACUUAUUUAAAUUCAGAUACCCUUACAGUAUACAAAUGAUGUAUGGCAUAUUAUGUUCAGUUUAUUGAAAACCAGAGUAAGAUUCUGUCCCUGAGUGUACUGGAGCCAGAAUGUUUGUGCCAGAAAACAUAAAAUUUUUAUAGUUUAAUGUCUACUACUAAUACUAAUGUCUACUACUAGUAUACCCUGGCAAUGUAUUAAUCAUUUCAUUGUUUCCCUCAGAUUUUCGUAGUGUCCUGCAGUGAUUGGAGAAAUGGGAAUUAUGAAAUAAUUAAUGUGCUUUUUUCUGAAAUAAGUAUUUUAUGCAUGUUCAGUGUGUGCUUCUAUUCACCACUGCAGAGUUGUGUGUUCUGUGUGUGUGUGUGUGUGUGUGUGUUUUGAAAUGUCUGUCCCAUCUUUCCUGGAGAAUACUGAGAAUGUUUGUGUGUGUUAAGUGUCAGAAAGUACUUCCGUAUGUGUGUGUGCUUUGCUUGUAAGACGUGCGUAUGUGUUCACUAGAUAACAUAUCAAGCUACAUCUUGAUAUGCAGAGAGCUCUAGUUUGCUUGAGUGUAUGUGUUUGUGCUUGCUUUCAUCUACCUGUGUGUGUUUUGCUGGAGAACGCUGUGUUUGUGUGUGUUGCAGCAAUGGUACACAGCCACCAUGAACCUACUGGGGACCUGGCUCACUGAGCGAAUGGACCAGCAGCUCCAUGUUUACCAGCUCAAGAUCCUCAUCAGGAUCGUUAAGGUAACUCACUGGCAGGGGAGGAGUUAAUAACCUGCACUGUAACCCAGGUACUGUAACUCACUGGCACCCCAGGGGUUAAAACUAUUUUGACACUAGCGUCGCUUUAUGUGAUGGAAAGAUGAGAAUGUGAUUGAAAGUAUAUGUUGAAAAAUGUAGCUUAGUGGUGUGGUAGGGGUUAUAGUGUGCUGGAGAUGGGGUUUGGAGAGACCCUCAUCUCUUCAUAAUCACUGUCAUUGAUUUCCAUACCAUGUAGUCUACCUCUAACUCGGUGAAACACGUUCUUUCUAGAGCCUUUAGUUACUUUCAUUAUUAUCAUCCUUCUUCUUCAUCCCUCUUUACCGGCUAACCAAUGUACUAAUUAGCCAUCCUUCUACUUCAUCCAUCUUUACCGGCUAACCAAUGUACUAAUUAACCAUCCUUCUACUUUAUCCAUCUUUACCGGCUAACCAAUGUACUAAUUAAUCAUCCUCCUUGUAGAAAAAGUACCGUGACUUCCGUCUGCAGGGGGUGCUAGACUCCACCCUGAACAGUAAGAUGUAUGACACGGUGAGGAACAGACUGACCCUGGAGGAGGCCAACGCGUCCAUGAAGGAGGGAGGCAUGGGGGGCAUCUCCAUGAAGGACAGCGACGAAGAGGACGAAGACGACGACUAGAGCCCGGCACCACCCAACACCGGAACUGGCACCUCCCUUUACCCCCGUCUGACUCCUGUCUCCACACCCCACCCCCGACCCCCUCCUCUCACAACUUUUGACUUAGCCUGGUAACCAAUGCAUGUACCAACUCUGUUACUCACAUAUCCACUCAAGGACCUGUUUGUCAGCUCAAAAUGCCCAUGAAGGACCUGUAAUAAACAAUACAAAUAGUAAUUACUAUACUGAGGAAACAUGUUGAAAAAAUAAACCAUAAUUGACAGUUUAGCUGUGUCAUGCUGAAGAUAGCACCGAUGAUAUCUUUGUCUCAUUGAUUUCUAAAUUCAUUUCUAUGUGUUCCUAAGCAAUAUGGAGUACCAUUUGUUUGACAAUGUUGAGUGAGAUUAUUAGGUGUGUCCCUGUCCAAUGCAAACCUAUAUGGCGCUUCUUUGUCGUAUUCUACAUUCAUUAUAAUGGUACAUUUUCGUGACGAUGAGUGUAUGUACCCUUUUCUUUGUAUUGUCUGUCUUUUAAGUGGAUGCCAACUGCUUCAAACUGAAAAUGACCCUCUGUAUUUAAGUUCAAAGCUGUUUAGGAUAAACAUCUUCUCGUCUACUCACUCUACUCUCACCACCAUAGUAUGUUCUAGAACUUGCGUUUCGUCAUCUGCGUCAAUGCUCUGUGACUUCAUAAUCUCUCACCCUAUCACUAACGAGACAUCGUCCAGCAGCCAUUUUGAACUAAAAUGAGUGGGUAUUCUAGAAAUGCAAUAUUCUCAUAGCUCCAUUUUGAUAUCUUGUUGGAGAUUAUAUUUUUAUUUCUACGUUGUUGAAACGACCUUGAAACAGGUUCUACUCUAUUUUAAAUUGAGUUGCACUUUUACAGAGAAAAGAGCACUAAAAAGAAAAUGUUUUUUUAUUUACCUAAAUUAAAGUUGGCCCGUCUUUUUUGUUUGAUUCCGUAGUUGAUUAGGAUGAGCUGUGUGGCAUUUCCUUGGGUCUCACUGUUGUUUUGUAUAUACAACGCUGUAUAUUGCAUUCUGAGCCAUCGCUGCAUGCCUGUGGGUCCCCACCCUCUGAAUGCUUUCUGUUUUCUGUGUGAAAUUAGCUGGUGGAUCAUUCUUGCUUUUGCCUUAUGAAAGUCAACAGUUGUAAUAUGCAAGAGCUGUGGCCUCUAAAUAAAAAUUACUGUACAAAUACAAA